CUCUCUCUCUCUCUCUGCGUCCCUUUCGACUUUUCUCUCUGGUAUUACAGAAAGAAUCCUCGCCAAAUCUUUCCCCUUCUCUUCCUCUUCUCUCUCUGCGCCGCGCUCGCCAAGGCGUGGGUGUGCGCGCGCGCGCUGUGCCUAUAUCGCGAGAGGCGCGUCGCAGAGAGAGACACCCGGCAGCCGAGAUCUCGCCCGGCAUUCUUUGCUCGCGGUUCUCCUUGGCUUUUUUCUUCCGGUUUUUUUUCGCAAUCUCCAGAUCGAACGAGGGGAGGAAUGGAGGUGUACAGGUUCUCGCACGGCGUGUUGGCCGCCAUUGCGGCCGUCGUCGUCGCCGUCGUGUUGCCCGCCGCCCAGGCUCAAUCCCACGCUCCUGCUCCUGCGCCCACCAGCGACGGAACAUCGAUCGACCAAGGAAUAGCAUAUCUGCUCAUGUUGGUGGCUCUGGUGCUCACGUACCUCAUUCACAAUGCAGACAUCUCAUCCACCUCCUAAGCCUAUGGAUUGGUGUACUGCGGUUGGUCGUUUGGGUUUUAGUCAGGGGAUGCUUAAAAUAGAUCAUUGGUUUGAAAAUUUUCUUUUCCUUAAA